CAUCAACGGACGGCCGCAUCAACUACUCAGCCAAGAAUUUAUUGACUGCAACGCCUGCAAUAAUAUGCAGUGUGUAGCAGUGUCGGAGCCCUAUAGUCUCCGAGGAGCUCUCGGAUGCGCGCCCAUCCGCCAGCUGUGGAUCGCAUGAAGAAUGUAGGUCCUUAUCGCCUGGUAAGUUAUAGUCUCCCCAGACCAAAUAGAAGGAGAAUAGUCGUUCCAUUCCUUAUUAUGAGGUAAGUUAGUAACCGAGCUUGAGAAAAUUUCCAUCCAUUCGACCUACUCCGUUUCAACGUUGCCCUCCUUUGGAGCAUUGUUGUGGCAGCUCUGCAGAAUUUGGAAUUGUCUUCCGUGGUCUACCAUGCAUCAAUCUCUGCUCAUUGACGAAAUCCUUUCUCACAUAAUUCAGUUCGUUGCUGCCGACGGUCAGCGGGACUCGAAGCGCUUGGAAAAUACUGGUGACCUUGCUAGGCUAGCUCGGACAUGUCGUUCCUUUAUGGAAUGUGCUUUUGAUACCCUCUGGCGAACUCAGCAUUCGUUAAGUCCCCUCGUCAUGUGCUUGCCAAGAGGCACUUGGGAGAUUCACCCCAGCAAUGUACUUUAUCUCACGAGACCACCUGCUGAUUCUGAGUGGGCACGAUUUGACAUGUAUUCAUGCCGUGUGAAGAAUUUUUCAUACCCAAAGCAAAGGAAAAUGAUCAGAUUACACGAGGACGCGCUUCCACUCCUUUUUGCUGAACGCCCUCCACAGUCUCUGUUCCCCUCACUUUCCUCGCUCGACUUCUCCAUCCUGUCGUGCAGUUCCUCCAACUUCCCCCUGAUCAGAGGCUUUCUCUCUCCAAAACUGACAAGCCUCACAUUCACUCUCCCUCGAAAGUUGUGUCCUGAGAGCGUUCGUGGAGUACUAGAAGACCUUCCUCGGAAAGCUACCCGCAUCGAAAACAUCACAAUUUCAUCUUUAUUUCCAGUGACGUCAUUCGAAUUGAAUGUUUCGACCCUUGGACUGCCACACCUACGCCAGUUGGUCGUCUCCAGCUCUAUUCAUAUAUCUGCACAGAGCAUGCUGAAUAUCGCAUCACUUCGCUAUGUUCAAGAGCUCAACUUAAGCCUUCACCCUGAUUUCGAUGCCGACAUGCUACGCGAUAGGAAUAAUACCUUCCCCGCUCUCCGGCAUCUCAGCCUUGAGGCACACGACCUCCCUCAGUGUGUGUCUCUCAUAUCAUUUAUAACGUCACCACGGCUAGAAGAGGUUUUCGUCUCCUACAACGUCCAAGCACGAUCUACCGUCAUCACUUCAUUCUUGAGUGCCAUUGGCACAUCUCUUCGAGCAAUCUCUCUCCGACACAAGACUCAAGCAAACACAACUGCCGACCAUCCUUUUAUCUUCCAUUCAUCUACAUUUGCACCGCUACUCGCUUGCCGCAAUCUCCGCGCCAUCAAAUUAUUCAAUCUCGGUACGCUUAAUUUAGAUGAUGACUUCAUCAUCGCGGCGGCUAAAGCCUGGAGCGAGCUCGAGGAACUUCGACUCUGCAGCUUACCUUGGUCCUCCAUAACUCCCAGCAUCAGUUUAAAUGCCUUGACAGCGUUGACCCAACACUGCCCGCAGCUCACCUGCGUACACAUGUCAUUGGAUGCGAGGGACGUUCCUGAACUACCGCUGGGCGGUCUCAGUAUGGCUCGUGCUCAGUUCCUGGAUGUGCUCAACAUCCGCGAUUCGGUUAUUGGAGACAUUGAAUCUGUUGCACAAUUCCUCGGGGCGACCAUACCGAAUAUGACGGUUUUGUACGUUGAAGCGCAUCCAGAACUGAGGGAUAAAUGGAUGGAAGUCAAGGCCUACUAUGACCGGCUGCGAUUCAGGCCCGUACAGGAUGGGCGGUAGAAAGAUUCCACGAAGUCGCUCAUAUGUAGAAUUGGUCAAGGAUUCUUUUGAUAGGGGGUGUUAUUUGUAACUUGGCGGAGUAAAAGUAUUACUUAGAUUUGGGUGGUCUUUGUAACUUAGGUAGAGUAAAGUAUUACAUAGGUUUGUCGAGGUCUAAUAUUACUUUGC